AUGGAUGCUGUGCGCCGCGCAGAGGGGCAGAGCGGUACUGACAAGUUCCUGGACUUGAUCGCAGAUCCAUUUCAAGCCCAAGUUCAACAGAGCUCUAUUUACGCGGCCAUCGUUUACUCUUUCGUUCUCUCCGGCUUGCUCGUCGUCCUCUUUGUUCUCCUUCGACCGCGACUCUCGAAUAUCUACGCACCACGAGCGAAACAUGCCGACGAGAAGCAUCGACCGCGGGAGCUGGACAAGAAGCCAUUCAGUUGGCUGACCGCAGUGAAAGAUGUGAAGGAGCAGGAGCUAGUGGAUACAAUCGGUCUGGAUGCUGUCAUCUUCCUCCGUUUCAUACGAAUGAUUCGGAACAUCUUCGUCAUUUUGACCCUCAUCGGAUGUGGCAUCCUCAUUCCCGUCAACGUGACGGGAGGGUCAAAUUUCUAUCAGCAGUGGAGUAAUAUCCCGACACUGAUGAGGUUCACACCUCAAUACAUCUUUGGACCCAAGUUCUGGGCCUUUGUUCUGGUCGCCUAUCUCCUCCAGUUCACCGUAUGCUUCUUCUUAUGGCGGAACUACAAGGCCGUACUAAAGCUGCGAAGAGCUUUUUUCAAUACCCAAGAGUACAAAGCCAGCCUACAUUCGAGGACGCUGCUUCUAACCCAUAUUCCCAAGUCUUCGCGCACAGAUGCUGGGCUGGUGGAACUUGUCGAGCAGUCGAAGCCGAUCAACGCAUCACCCCGUGCAGCCAUUGGUCGCAACGUCAAGGAUCUACCCAAGUUGAUUGAAGACCAUGACAGCGCAGUUCGCGAGCUCGAGCAACAUUUGGCCAAGUACUUGCGCGAUCCCAAGUACUUGCCAGCCCAGCGCCCUACCUGCAAGGCCAAAAAGGAUGAUAUUGCUGUACAUGGGAAAGAGAAGCUGGAUGCUAUCGACUAUCUUACCGACCGCAUCGUAAGACUGGAGACGAAGAUAAAGACGGUUCGAGAAAGCGUGGAUAUGCGUAAUCCCAUGUCGUACGGUUUUGUCAGCUAUACGCACAUUGAGGAUGCCCACGCUGUAGCUUACGCAUCCAAGAAGAAGGGACCAGCGGGGUGCGACGUGUACCUUGCCCCGAAACCGCACGACUUACUAUGGCAAAAUCUUCCCAUGAGCCGCAGGACUCGUCGAAUGCGCGCAUUCUGGGAUGGCUUCUGGAUCGUCCUGUUCACAUUCGCUUUCAUAGUUCCCAACUUGCUCACCUCGAUCUUCCUAUCCGAUUUUUCCCAUCUCGGACUUGUGUGGCCAGCCUUCCAGAGGAAUCUGAUUGCUCAUCCCACCAGCUGGGCCAUUGCGCAGGGUAUCGUGGCGCCUUUGGUCCAGACGUUGAUGUAUAUGGGUGUGCCCAUCGUAUUCCGACGACUAUUCACGCACGCAGGCGACGUAUCGAAGACCUCUCGCGAGCGACACGUGACGGCGCGUUUGUACGCUUUCUUCGUAUUCAACAAUCUCCUCGUCUUCUCCGUCUUUGGAUCUGCUUGGCGGUUCGUAGCUGCCGUUAUUGCUGCUCGAGAUCGCGGCGUCUGGGAGGCUAUCCGUGACAGUCAUCUCUUCUCAAAGGUCAUGACUGGUUUGUGUAACGUGUCGACCUUUUGGCUCACAUGGCAAAUGCUGCGAAACCUUGGUGCGGCUAUCGACAUUUCACAAAUCUGGAUGUUGCUCUGGAGCUGGUGUCGUCGUACAUUCUCCUCGCCUACCCCAAGAGAGCUCAUCGAACUGAGUGCGCCACCACCAUUCCCGUACGCCGACUACUACAAUCACUACUUGUUCGUCGCAACAGUGGGCAUGUGUAUGGGUACUCUCCAACCAAUUAUACUACCAGUGACGGCCUUUUAUGUGGCCAUGGACUGUAUAUUCAAGACGUACCUACUACAAUACGUCUUCAUCACCAAGACAGAGUCGGGAGGACGGUUCUGGAGACUUUUGGUGAACCGCAUGCUUUUUGCAGUUUUCCUCGCCAAUGCCGUCAUUGCGCUUGUUGUUGGCGCUCAGGGUGUCGGUUCAAUCAACUCUGUUCAGAAUGGCAACAUGUUGUAUGCCAUGGUACCCCUCCCGCUUCUUCUAUUCGCCUUCAAAUGGUAUUGUAAGCGCAACUUCGACGACAAGUUGGUAUACUACUCCACAGUCCCUUGCUCAGACAUGGAAACUGGACAGGCAGUAGGUGAAGUAAAAGAAAGAAGGAGCAAUAGGGUUGGCAUACGAUACGGCAACCCAGCACUUUACAAGAAGCUUCUCACACCAAUGGUGCACGCAAAGUCGCAACAUCUUCUCAAAGAAGUCUUCGCCCAUCGAGGAGCAGCAAAGCACGACGGCAUCUUCGAAGCCCCGCACGAGCGAUCCACCGACCGCGCCAGACCCGCCACCCUAGGCUACGGUGACAUGUACAUGGACGAAAUGAACCACGACCAGCCCGGCAAACAAAACUCGUCGCUCGACGCCCACAUCCCACGCAUGGAAUUCGUCGCCGAAUCCGACCUCGACUUUGAAAACUUCAAGCGCCGCGCCGAAUUCCGCGACCAAUUCGGCGGCGACGGCCAACUGUACGGACGACCUGACGACCUCAGUUCACGCCCGGGUACCCCCUCUACCCUUGCCACCUUCACCGAAGCAGGUCCCUAUAGUCCCUACCGCCCCUCACCCACGCAUUCUCGUGCCUCGAGCCGCACCCGGUUUGAUGAGGCCGAUCAGGGGACAUCGUAUGCGCAGGGCUACCAGCGCGCCAGCGAUGGCGGGCUUCAGGAUGUUGGUGUGGGUAUGCCGGGGACGCCGGUGACGCCGGGGGAGACGAACGAGGCGCUGUACCAUGCGAGUAGUCGGCAGCCGCUUGUUGGUGGAGAUGGAGAUGGAGAUGGGACAACAGGAUAUUUUAACCGGACGAGCCCGGGGCGAGGGGAUUCGAGGUAUGAGCGGUAUAGACAUGUUUGA